UGUGAGAGUUGAGAGAGUAUAAGAUUAAUGUGAUUUGUAUGUGGUUCACACAUCAAAGGGUUGUUACUGUGUGACUAUCACUCUCCACUGCUUCACUCUCCACCGGUCUUCCACCUCAGUGUAAGCACUGGAUCUGCGUUUCUCACCUUAAGCACGGAAGGAUCUUUUAUAUUAGGAGGCUAAUACAAGAAGUGAGGCCUUAACCUUGCCUAAAAAAGCCUCCAAAAUUUGAUCUUCUAUCGGAGGUUCCACGUAUGUCAAAGACAACCCUUCAGGUGGCUAUGCUCCCAUGGUUUGCCAUGGGGCACAUAAUCCCAUAUAUCAAUAUCUCCAACAAGCUUGCCCAGAGAGGCCAUAGGAUUUUUUUCAUCAUGCCCAUAAAUACAAUACCCAAGAUUGAUCAUUUGAAUCUUCACCCAGACCUCAUCACCUUUGUUCCAGUCACUGUUCCACGUGUCGGUGGCCUCCCUCAUGGUGCUGAAACAACCGCAGAUGUUUCGUCUGAGUUGCAUCCUCUUAUCAUCACUGCGAUGGAUCUUACACAACCCUCCAUUGAAGCUGCUCUGAAACAUCUCAAACCCGACUUUGUAUUCUUUGAUUCGGCUCACUGGAUACCAGCCUUGGCUCGCCGUUUGGACAUUAAGUCUAUACAUUAUUCUGUUGUAAGCCCUGCAGUUGUGGCUUACCUGUUUGGCUCGGAAAGAAAACUCCAUGAAAAACAGUGGUCGCAAUCUGAAUUGAUGAAACAGCCACCGGGUUACCCUGCUUCAUCCAUUAAGUUACGUUCAUAUGAAGCUCGUGCCAUGGUUGGUCUGGGAGUAAACGAAUUUGGUGGUGGAAUAACCUUUGUGGAACGUCUUUCUAUCUCCCUCAGUGAUUGUGAUGCCAUCAGUCGCAAAACUUGUAUGGAAAUUGAAGGGCCUUUCUGUGAUUACAUUGAAACACAGUUCAAAAAGACAGUUAUUUUGGCAGGCCCGGUAGUGCCGGAUCCACCACUCGCUGCAACCUUGGAAGAAAGAUGGGAAAAGUGGCUGGGAAGUUUUGAACCCAAAACAGUGAUUUUCUGUUCAUUUGGAAGCGAGUGUAUACUAGGGAAGGAGCAGUUUCAAGAUCUGGUUCUGGGUUUGGAGCUCAGUGGUAUGCCAUUCUUUGCUGCCCUAAAACCACCUCUAGGGGUGGAAAAGAUCGAGCACUCAUUGCCGGUAGGGUUUUUAGAGAGAACUCAAGGAAGAGGGAUAGUUUAUGGAGGUUGGGUCCAACAACAACUAAUUUUGGCACACCCUUCUGUGGGGUGCAUUGUGACACACUGUGGUUAUGGUUCGUUAUUGGAGGCUAUGAUAACUGAGUGUGAAUUGGUGUUAAUGCCGCAAUAUGGUGAUCAAUUUAUCAAUUCGAGAUUGAUGGGCGGAGAUUUGGAGGUUGGAGUGGAGAUCAAGACAGACGAGGAAGACGGGUCGUUUACCAGUGAAGGUGUAAGCAAGGCAAUAAGAUUGGUGAUGGAGGUUGAUAGUGAAGUUGGGAAGAAGGUAAGAGCCAACCGUGCUAAAUUGAGUGAGUUCCUGUCGAGGAAAAGCCUUGAUAGCUCUUACAUUGAUAGUUUCAUUCAGAAACUGCAAGGACUUUUAGGAUUGACAUCAAUUUGACAAGGCCGAUUUUGCCAGAGCUUGCACUAUGUCGAUGUGUAUGUGCGCGAACGUGAGUUGUUUUGAAAUUGUCAUUUAGAUUGUGGGGUGUAUGGCUUGAAUUCCAAGUCUUGAUAGCUUUUAUGUUGAUGGUUUCCUUCCUAAACUGCAGGCCUUCAACUGUUCUUCAUUUUAUGUUAGUUUCUUAUUACAAAAACAGAAGAAUAAACAAUGAAACUUGAAUAACUAUGCUUAUAGCCAA